AUGCGGAAAUUAGAGCACUUGAGGUUUUUUAUACCUGUAUCGAUGUGAGUGAUGUAAUGCUUUUUCUUUCGAAGAGGUGAUGAUGGUCUGCUCUGCUCUAUAUUACCCAGGCUCUGUCCUGUUCUCCAUACUGCUCUGCCGUGAUUGAUCUGUCGUGAUAAGCAAUGCAUGUAUGAUGUAAGCUAUGAUAUAAGCCAUCUAUGUUUGGGCAAAUCAAGGAGCUGUUUGUAUUGUACGAUGAUUGUCUAUGUGAAUUGAAUGACGAUUGCUAAACAAACAUAAUUGUGUGUGGGUUAUUGUAUUGGCCUAGGUGUGUGUAAUUCCUUUCAUUAGUCUGACCUUUAAGAAGCCAACCUCCUGGUUUCCUUGACUCCUGCGUUCAGAUAUUUAUCCUAACAUCAUUGCUAUGGGCUUUCCUGCUGAAAGACUUGAGGGUGUCUACAGAAACAACAUUGAUGACGUAGUACGGUAAGUACUUCUCCUAAACGUUCAUGUCGAUGUCCCUGUCAAAAAUAAAGGGGUUUCUUAGAAUGUAAAGGAAUGGGGAAAAAGUAAACUAUGAAAACAGCAGGUAGGUAACAUGUCUUAACUACCUUAACCAAACCCAAUGGGCACAGUCGGCGAGGCUGAACAUUUUAGAGGGCCCCAUCUUGUUUAAAAAAAAAAGAAAUGUUAUCAUUUUUAAGCCAAUUUCCUGCAAAUAUCAGAAUUUCUCAAUGGCGGCAAGAUAUAUUUUAGCAUUUCUAAAGUACAUUUCUGUUAAUUUUACACAUUUAGCCAUGGCGCUGAGAGAAAAUGUUGCAGUUUUAAAGCUAAUUUCCAGGGAUUUUACGUAUUCUGCCAUGGGGCUGAGAGAAUUUAGCAUUUUGUAAAGAUAUUUUCCGGCAAUUCUAUGCAUUUUGCCUUCUUUUGCUCAAACUUAAUAACAAAAUCAAUACUGUUAAAUGUAUUGUUUUUGGAAUUUUUAGUUCCCCUGACUCUUUUGGUGAAUGUUAGUUCUCAGAGAUUAUAUUAUUUUUUAAAGUUAUAGCUCCAUUAUCUUUUCUACAUACUUUAUAUCUGGUUUAAGUCUUAAGUUUACACUGAAAAUGUUUUUCCUUCCCAAAUUAUUAUUAUUAUUAUUAUAAAUGUUUUACAGUUGGGUCUUAGGUGUCCCAAAAACACGCUUAGGAGGCCUGCCCAAGGGUUUAUAUGGCAGAAAAAUCCCUGAUCAUGUUUCUCACUGAUUAUCGUUAUAUGGGCGACAGAGGUCGGACUCUGAAUAUAAUGUUUGAAAUGCAGGCUGUCAUGCCAGCUUCAGAGGCUUGCCUGAUGUGUCAACUGAAACCAAAGGAGUGACCUGCAAGCCACCUGUGAACUUAACCUGACCCUGCUUGUUUUAUUGUCCAAACAAUUUCCUUCGAUUUACGCAGGCCCUAAAAAUUGUCAAAGACUCCAGCCACCCAUGUCAUAGACUGUUCUUUCAGCCACCGCAUGGCAAGCGGUACCAGAGUGCCAAGUUUAGGUCCAAAAGGCUUCUUAACAGCUUCUACCCCCAAGCCAUAAGACUGCUGAACAAUUAAUCAAAUGGCUACCCAGACUGUUUGCAUUGAGGCCCUUUUUUUUUUUUUACACUGCUGCUACUCGCUGUUUAUUAUCUAUGCAUAGUCACUUUACCCCUACCUACAUGUACAUAUUACCUCGACUAACCUGUAUCCCUGCACAUUGACUCGGUACCGGUAUCCCCUGUAUAUAGCCUCGUUAUUUGAUUGUUACUUAUUCAGUAAAUAUUUUCUUAACUGCAUUGAUGGUUAAGGGCUUGUAAGUAAGCAUUUCACGGUAAGGUCUACACCUGUUGUAUUCGGCGCAUGUGACAAAUAAACAAUUUGAUUUGAGGAUGUAGACUCAAAGGUGUGGGCUUUUGGAAAUGUGAACAGAGAAAACAGCCUUUGUCAUUUCCCAGAACCUGUCGUUUUUAGAUGUGAGCCAACCUGAGCAACCAACGUACCCUACUGAUAGUCGAUGUUGUAACACUGUAUUAUUUAGCUUGUCUGAGAGCCCGUCAGUCUGCCCCCCCUGUCUGCGCCAUGCUGUCAUUAUGCUCAGUUUAAGCUAGUGAUUUAGAGGGCCGUUAGUGUUGAAAGGUUUAAGUCGGACCAGAAUUAGCUCAAAUGUGUUCUGGAUGGAAAAGUAAUUAUCUUCUCUCUCUCAGGUUUCUGGACUCUAAGCACAAAAAUCAUUACAAGAUAUAUAAUCUGUGAGUACCCUGGUGUCUGUCUAUUUUGCUUGUGCAUAUGCAGUAUGGUCAGCGGCGGUUGCUGUGCUGCAAAGUUGUCUGAUGUAAUGCAGAAAAUGUCUGUGGAAUAUAGGCCUGGAGGAGGAAAAGCCCUUCUGUUUUAGAAUGUAAACCACAGUAGCCACUUAUUUGCCUUUAGUCAUCAGGGCCCAGUUGUCUAUCCGGUUUUUGCCUAUCGUAUAGGAUUAAUGCAUAGAAAGCGUGAAUAGAACGGGAGUCCCCAUUUUAAGUCAAUGAUUCGUCUGUUCUAUUCAUUCUAUUUCUAUGAGUUGAAUCCUAUUCAUUAGGCGAAAUACAGAUAGAUCACUUUUGAAAUAUAGGGCCCAGUGGUUCUUUGUGGAUAGGCCUAAGCAUUGUUCUGAAGGGUUAGAACAUAACCGUUUGGUAUAGUUUUACCCUGGAAAAGGAAUUUACAACGUCCUACUUACUCAGUAUGAAGUCGUUACCUAGUAUAAUAAUAAUAUAAUAAUAUGAUAUGCCAUUUAGCAGACGCUUUUAUCCAAAGCGACUUACAGUCAUGCGUGCAUACAUUUUUUUUGUGUAUGGGUGGUCCCGGGGAUCGAACCCACUACCUUGGCGUUACAAGCGCCGUGCUCUACCAGCUGAGCUACAGAGGACCAGUAGACUCACUGCGAGCUGCAAAGAUACUAAAGUACCUCAGGUUUCUCAUUGAUAACAAUCAUCUUAACUUAGUGAACAUGAGAUGUAGAGAGAGUGCAAUAAAGACAAUAUAUAUAUUAUUUAAGUUGGCUGAAUCUGUGGAAUUCAUGAGGUUGCAGUUGCUGUAAUAAUCUGUAUGCUGAUAGAUCGAUUAUACAAAUGAAAGAAUGCUCCCCUUUGUAGUCUGCUACUAUAACAACAUUUUUGUUUGUCCCUUUAUAGGUGCGCUGAGCGACAUUAUGACGCAACCAAAUUCAAUUGCAGAGGUGAGACAUUACAUCGCAGUGAAACCAUCAUCACUUUCAUUCAGGCUGUCAUUGAUUAGUUUAGUCUUUCACUAAAAAACCCAUGUGUGACAAUAUCUAACUGAGCUCGGUCUAUCUCCGUCUCUCUCCAGUUGCACAAUAUCCGUUUGAGGAUCACAAUCCCCCGCAGCUGGAGCUGAUCAAACCGUUCUGCGAAGAUCUUGACCAGUGGUUAAGUGAGGACGACAAUCACGUGGCGGCGAUUCACUGUAAAGCUGGAAAGGGACGUACGGGUGUCAUGAUCUGUGCUUACCUGUUACACCGGGGCAAGUUCCUCAAAGCACAAGAAGCUCUGGACUUCUACGGAGAAGUCAGGACCAGAGAUAAGAAGGUACAUUUUAUUGUUCCAGUCUGGCUGCGUUUACACAGGCAGCCCAAUAAUUUAUCUAAAUGGUAUUUUUUGACCAAUCAGAUCAGCUCUGAAAACGAGCUGAUGUGAAAAGAUCUGACGUGAUUGGUCAAAAGGCUUAUCUUCAUAACUUGAACAUUUUUGAGGCUCCUAUAAAGGCUUCAAAUCGUAAAAAUCCUCUUGACUGACGGAGAAAAUCUUCAGUUUCACUAAGUUUUUCUCUGUCCCAUUCAGGGAGUGACAAUCCCCAGCCAGAGGCGCUAUGUCUACUACUAUAGUCACCUUCUCAAGAACCAGCUGGAUUACAAACCAGUGGCUCUGCUCUUCCACAAGAUGGUGUUCGAGACGGUGCCCAUGUUCAGUGGCGGAACAUGUCGUAAGUGAUUUCCUUGUCAAUCCUGUUUCUUUCCUGUAUCCUCCUGACCUUUGGCUUGUGUGCUACUGGCUUUCACACUUUCACAAUGUGAGCUUCAGUUAAUUGUCCUGCCUCUGUUCUCUGCUUUGCUCUGCACAGCUUUGCUUCUCGAUGUUGCAUGUUAUUUUGCCGUUUUCUCCAUGCAAAGCAGACAUUAACCACAGUGGAACGUACCGUUUUGCAAUGAUGGUUAUGCUAGUCCAAAUGGUGUGGUUUCACUGCUAUUAUUUUGCUUGGCUCACUGGUCAUUUGACUUGGCUGUAUAAUCAGAGAAUAAGGGGUUUAUUCGUGCGUUCAAGACAGCUGGGAACUGGGGGGGGACGACCGACAAGGUCAAAUCAUGACGUCAAUGAUCUUCAGGUCAGAAAGUCGGAGCUCUAGAAAGUUUCCGACUUGGAAUUUCAAGUUUGGAUGACAAUUCAAAAAGAUUUUUCCCAGUCUGAGCUCUUUUUUUCCCCUCUGAGUUCCCAGUUGUCUUGAACGCACUGAAGUUGUAAUUCGGAGAUUUCAGAGUUCCCAGUUGUUUUGAAGGCGGCAUAUACCUUGCUGGAUUGCCAGAAGACUUAUAUGGACCUAUGAUAUAGUGAUGAGGGUAAAAAAACGAUAUAUUGCAAUAUUAUUUUGGAAUUAUACUGAAGAAAAAUAUAAAUGCAACAUGUAAAGUCUUGGUCCCAUGUUUCAGAAAUAUUCCAUAUGCACAAAAAGCUUAUUUCUCUCAAAUGUUGUGCACAAAUUAGUUUACAUCCCUGUUAGUGAGCAUUUCUCCUUUUCCAAGAUAAUCCAUCCACCUGACAGGUGUGGCAUAUCAAGAAGCUGAUUAAACAGCAUGAUCAUUACACAGGUGCACCUUGUGCUGGGGACAAUAAAAGGCCACUCUAAAAUGUGCAGUUUUGUUUCACAACACAAUGCCAAAGAUGUCUCAAGUUGAGAGAGCGUGCAAUUGGCAUGCUGAAUGCAGGAAUGUCCACCAGAGCUGUUGCCAGAACUGAAUGUUAAUUUCUCUACCAUAAGCCGCCUCAACGUUGUUUUAGAGAAUUUGGCAGUAUGUCCAACCGCAGACCACAUGUAACCAUGCCAGCCCAGGAACUCCACAUCCGGCUACUUCACCUGCGGAAUCGUCUGAGACCAGCUACCCGUACAGUUGAUGAAACUGAGGAGUAUUUCUGUCUGUAAUAAAGCCCUUUUGUGGGGAAAAACUCAUUAUCAUUGGCUGGGCCUGGCUCCCCAGUGGGUGGGCCUAUGCCCUCCCAGGCGCCCCUGCCCAGUCAUGUUAAAUCCAUAGGUUAGGGCCUAAUUCAUUUAUUUCAAUUGACUGGUUUCCUUAUAUGAACUGUAACUCCGUAGAAUCUUCUAAAUUGUUGCAUUUUAUAUUUUUGUUCAGUGUACGUUAUAUCGAUACAUUUGACUAAUUAUUACUUUUUUGGUAGCUAGCUCUAGUUGGCUGUACCUGCGGCAACAAGUGUUUCCCCUAGAAUAGUUUCCAGCAGCGGUGGCACAGUUAGCGUGGUGGGUGGUAGUGGACCUUGGCCAAUGGCGCGGCCUCCAACCCAACAUUUUAGAGGCCCUCCACUUGGCCGCAGAAACAAAAUGUUGCUGUUAAAGCUAAUUUCCUGCAAUUCUAUACAUUUUGCCAUUGCUUAUGUCAUGUUAUGCUAUCUGAGUGAGUCAAAUAUUUUAACAAAAUCAAUGGGGGCCCCAUGCCAUGACAUAUUUUGAAUUUUAGAUUCUCCCUGACUGUAUAGUAAAAAAAAAUUGGUGGUUCUCAAAUAUUAUCUUAUUUUAAAAUGUAUAGCUCCAUUAUCUUUUCUAGAUACUUUAUAUCUGGAUUUUAGUCGUUUAAGUUUAUACUGAAAACGUUUUACCAUCCGGAAAAUUAUUUUCUUUUUACAAAUCCUAUUUUUUGGAGUGGCGGCAAUGAUUAAGCAUCAGCGGCCUUCCGAUGCUAAAUAAAUAUAGGGGAAACACUGGCCAAAAGUAUAGCUUGUUCUUCAUCUUCUUUUUAAAUAGUGAGCCAACAUGUUUUCAGCACUUUAUUAUUACCAUGACUCAUCAAAACAAAUGUUCUCAUGCUCUCUCUGCAGCAGAGAUUUAGUGAGCAAUAUGUUUGGAACAUCAAAUCACAAUCAAAUCGCAGUAUCGAAUCGCAAUGCAUAUAGAACCGUGCGAAUCGCAAUACAACUGGUGUCGGCACCUAGGUGUGGUGAUAAUAUCGUAUUGUGAGGUCCCUGGUAGUUCCCAGCCCUACUAUGCUAUAACAACCCCCGACUCUGUGUGGUUGUCGUCAGUGGCUGCUCUUGUCAGCUGUGUCUGGCGUUUUAACCUCUUCACUUGUUUACCCAUAUUUCUAUCGGUUGACCUAUUGCCUGGGGCAAGUGAACGGAGCAGCCUUUUCUGAGGUUGGCCUAUUGGGCAGGUUAAUUUAUAUAUAUAUAUAUAUAUAUAUAUAUUAUAUAUAUAUUUUUUUUUUUAUAUAACCAAAAAACAAGUGAAAACACAAAGAAUUCCAGUACUGGUCUUUCUGAUUCCUCCAUUAUGUGUAGGUGAAAGGCAGGCAAUAUAUGGCACUUCUGCUUGUAAAUAGCUCAUUUACAUUUUCGGGCAAAUGAAAAAUACCCCUGACUUGCUGAUUGGCAAGUGCCUUUCAGACUUUAAUGUCAAUCCCUGUUAUUUUAGCCCUAUUCUGAACACACACGCACACACAACACACACACACACACACACACACACACACACCCUAUGUGGUAAGUUCACAUGGCACAACACGCAAAGUAUUGAAGUGGUUUUAAUUUCAACGCCCAAGCCCCUGCCCCUCAUAAAAUGAUUCUUAGUAAAUGCGAGUAAUGCAAAGAUUGUUUUCUGGAAAAUGUUAGCUGAUGCUUUUUAAGGCCUAUAUGUUAGGAAAUGCAUUACUAUGAAUAUUAUGAUUGCUUUAAGCGCUGUUACAUAAUUAUUAUACUAGUUAAGGUCCUAAUAACUUGAUAACGGGACGUUGCUGUCCGCAUGUUGAAAUGGUGAGUUAGAAUCGGUUUAUGAAUGGUUGUAAGCAUGUAUAUUCUACAGUGUGUUUGUACAUAGCCCUGAUGAUAACCCAGCUGUACCUAAGCCCAGGCAGGGCUGCCGCAGGACUCUGUUAAUCUCCUUUUCUCUUUCCAAGGGGACACUUCCGUUAAAAACAAGAGUGAGCAGAUUCCACAUGGUUUCAGGAAAGGGAAUUGGCACUGGGGUAAUACUAAUCAGCUUUUCAUCCAAUGUUUACCUGUUGACUACGAGGUUGUUGUCGGUUUUUAAGUUGGUGUUGAACUUGGUAUGGUAACUAUCACCUCUGCCCUCCCCCCCACCACCACCCACCACCUCAGUGGACUGAUCCUAGAGCCGAAGUGCUCCCUUAUAUGAGCUUGGUUUUGGUCAACUCUUCUCUUCUUAGGGCCCUUAUAGCAUGUUAUUGUAACUGUCUUUUCUAUAUUUAAUAUUCCUGGCAGUGGUACUACGUAAUUCUAUCCAUUUUCUUUUCGGUCCUCCAUUCCUAAUUUACCGAGAUGUAAAUAAUAUGUACUUGCUUGUAGUUGCUGUGUCUCCACCAGGAGAGUGACUGGUGUUAACUUGUUGUUCACAGAUCCUCAGUUUGUCGUGUACCAGCUUAAGGUAAAGAUCCACACGUCCAACCCGGUGAACACGCGGAAGGAGGAGAAGUACGUGUUCUUCGAGUUCCCCCAGCCGCUGCCCGUGUGUGGAGACAUCAAGGUGGAGUUCUUCCACAAACAGAAUAAAAUGAUGAAGAAGGUGUGGUUCUUGAUUGUACGAUUAGAUUUUUAUAUGCAUAUUAAAUGAGGUAUUGUAGCCUAUUCUGAUUCACUGAGGGAUGGCAAGAUUUAACUGAAAAAACACAUCAUGAGUUAUGAUUUUGGAUUGGAGUAUAGCCUAUAUUUUGUGUUGUGGUUGAGAUAAUAUAACUGCUUUUUGGAGUUAAGUUUUCCCUUAUAUUCACCUCUCCCUCCUCCAUGUGUUUUUCCAUCAGGACAAGAUGUUCCAUUUCUGGGUGAACACCUUUUUCGUCCCUGGACCAGAGGAGAACUUUGAGAAGGUUGAGAAUGGGACGUUGCCAAAGGAGCAGGCAGGAAUCCAAACAGGAGGAACGGGGGACAACGACAAGGAUUACCUGAUCCUCUCACUGACGAAGAACGACCUGGACAAGGCUAACAAGGAUAAAGCAAACAGAUACUUCUCCCCCAACUUCAAGGUCAGUCAGGUGAAUGAGACUUUCUUUGAUUGGGGGGGGGUUGGGAAAAAAUACCUUUUUGAUAAAUGUUUGGCGAAAUAUUUGACUAAUGUUUUGUGCCAAGAUGAAUGCGCGGUAACACUUUAUUUGGAUAGUCCAUCUAUAGAGCCUCUACAGACCAUCUACUAAACUUAACCCUUAUUCUAAACCUAACUGUAACCUUAGCAAGCAGUUGCUUAUCAACAGAUUUGUUUGUUGAUAGUAUGACCAUCUUUAGAGCAUCUACAGAUGGACUAUCCAAAUAGUGUGACCAAAUGCUCUCGCCGCUUCACUCAGAUGAAAUGUAGUUUCCCCUUGGUAUAGAUCCAUUGCCAUGUUUCAGUAUGUGGAUAAUAAUGUUGUUUUCUCUGGAACUCCAGGUGAAGCUGUACUUUACCAAGACUGUGGAGGACAUCUUCAACUCUGAGGCCAGCACUUCCACCUCGCUAACGCCAGACGUUAGUGACAACGAGGCGGACCAUUACCGAUACUCUGACACCACAGACUCUGACCCGGAGAACGAACCGUUCGACGACGAGCAACACACGCAAAUAACAAAAGUGUGAGAUUUUUAUGGGAAGUAAAAAAAAAUAAUAUUAAAAAAAUACGUACUUUCAGAGGGGAAAAAAGGAACUUGAAUAUAAACUGCAAAGCAAGUACCUUUUCCCCCACCAACCUACGGCAGCAGGACAUUUGCGUCACGGAAUAUGCCACCAAUUUUAGGAACAAUAAUGCUGACCAAGUUUUCUUUAUUCGUUUGAAUUUUUUUGCCCCUCCCCAGCUCGUUCAUCCGGAAAGUAUUGACACCGUUGUUGAGUGGGAAAAGGUUCAGUAGCUGUAAUGUAAUAUACCUUUUUGUGUCAAAGACUAGAGAAGAAGAUUUCCGCUAUCAGGAGAUGUGAGAUCCGGUAUGGGAAAGGCUUAUUGGAAAUCUAAAUUUCACUGCUCCAUCUCCUGUGGAAACCAAGGCCAGUGCUUCUGUCACUUUCUCCCCCUUCAUCCAUUGCCCUCCACCAUGCCCCUACCACCCCCACCUACCACCCCUUCCAUCCUGUCUACUGUGAAUGCUUCUUGUGCUUUUUGCAGGUGGUCUCACAUGAGUUUGUGCAGUGUAAACUGCAUGUUAGAAUUUCUCCAGUCGACUUAUGAUUAUUAUUAUUGUGAUUAUUAUAAUUAUUAAGCUACAUGACAUCUAACCAAUGUCCAUUCCUUCUAUCGUGUCUGUUCAAGGUAUGCAGAAACCCAGUAUCACAUGUAUUGUUGACGUUUUUAUGUUUAGAGAAAUAGAAGACAAAACGGCAGGGAAGCCAGUGUUGCAAUAGCGUGAACACUAUAGUUAAAUGACAAACGGUGUGCAUGUUAUUGGAAUCCAUGUUUAAUAAAUUGUAUACCAUGUAAAAAAAAAAAAAAUGAAAAGAAAAGAUUUCUAAAGUCAUUUAAGAUCUGAUUGUAUUUAGCCAGGAGGUCAAAAAUUGCAUCCUUUAUUUUCAUGGUAUCUGCAGGUAUAAUUUGUCUUUUGACAAGCCAUUUAGAAUGCCCUUGUGUUUUUAUGAUACAGUACAUAGCGUGUACCCCCCAAUGUUAACGGUAACAUGAUACAGUUUUGGUGAUCAUCACGGAGGACAAUGGUAUCAUGUUUUGAAUUCAUGUUCAGUGUGUCAUGUACUUAUAGAGGGGUAAUCUGUUCCAAAUGUGUACCUUAUAACAUGCUGUACUACAUCAUGUAUCAAAACCUGCAUUAGUGCAUCUGGGUCGGUUUCCCGCCUCAGUCUCCAGAACGUUUUUUUGACAAACUGCACUUUUUGUGAUCUUAGUAUGUGCAUGGACGCACCAGAAGUGGUGAUGCUGACCUAUUCUUGACGAGUGUUCAGUAAAGCCAAUGGGCUGAGAGGUGACGCUUGGUCAGAGACUGAGGCGACAGAGAGGGAUUGAAUGUAAAGCUUCGUCUGUGAACCGAUCCAGGGGUGUUAAUGCAGGUUUUGAUCAACCCAGGAGUGGAUAAUAUGUGAACUUAGGAGCUCUUUUUAGGUUUCUUUCUCUUGAGACAUCAGAUCUUUGGCUCCUUGAACGACUUGUUUUGCAGCCUUAUCGUAUUUGGUCCAAUGAGAUCCGGAUCACUUGUACAUCCAACAAAAGGUGCUGAAACUGCCAAGCUGCAUGCUUACGAUCCAACAAUAACGGAGCCAAGAAUCUGUACCUAUCAGAUGGUGCAAAUAGCUUCAGUGGAAUACACUACUUCUGUGUGAGAACUUUUAACGUGCACGCCCACGUGCAUUCUUCUGCAGUUGCUGUCCCUAAUUGGCUAGAGUUAUUUCCCUUUUUUCUGUUCUCCUUUUCAAAAACAGGUUUCAUUCCGUUUGGAAUGAAAUUAGCGCAGCUACAGAUUUGACAAAGUCUUGUGCUUGCUUAAGAAAUAUAAAGAGCCCUAUAUAUGCGAAUAUUUAAAUAUGUAUCAUUUAUUUUCAGCAUGCCAAAUUUUUUGUAACACCUGGCCGGUGACCUGCCAUGGGCCAGACCCAGGAAUCUUCACUGAGGGUAGUGAUGUAAGCUGCCUUUUUCCUGUACUCUUUGACAUUAAGGCUUCCCUCUUUUCAACAAUCCAUCGCACAUGCCGUUUCAUCUCGACUUGUUUUAGAAAGACUACUUUCCCUAGGUGUCUGUUAGUUUCUUUGUUGUUUUCCUUCAUCGCAAAGUGUACACUAGCCAACCCAGGAACACUUCAUCUAGAAUUCUCUUUUUUUUGUUUACAUUUUAUGACAUCACUGAAAACCUGCCAAAAGUAAGCUUGAUAAUUAUUUCUUUUUGUUUGUUUUUUUUCUUUGUGGUUUAAGGCGGGCCUAUGGGAGAUAUUCUUUGCCUUACUUGAAGUUGACAAUGCUUACUCUGCUAUUGCUUUGAAAUCUACCAUUCUGCCCAAGCACUGACUUGAUAGUUAAAGUACUUAUUUAAAGCUACUAUUAAUAGAGCAAUAGACUUUUGCACUGUUACAGGGUUUUGCAGGGUUUCAGUCAGUGGUUCACAGUAUUCCCCCCCCCCCUUGUUCCCCUCAGUAAAACAAAAGCCUUGCGAUCAGUGAAGGACAGUGGAAUAAAAUGGCUAGGUGUACCUUAAUCUUGUAUUCAUGCAUCCCCCAUAGAAACAAAAAUGUGUUACUUUGACUGAAGAUGUCCUGACCGUUUUUAUUAUUUUUUAAAAAGAAAAUAAAUAAAAAUCUGGAGAAAAAAAAUGAAUUAACUAUUUAUGACGGUAUUCAUGUUUUCUGGUAAAGACUGCAGGUAAACUAUCGGGCAAAAUAAAAUAAAAAUAAUGAUCUGGAUAAUUUGCUUACUAUUCUGGAUGUUCAGCAGCUUAAAUGAAUGAAUCUAUUCAAUGGCCUCACUAUUAAGGAGCUGAUGUUUAAGAGACGUUUCUAAAUGUUUCAACUUCAUAUUCAUCUCCAGUUUUUAUGUUUAGUAGUAAAAAAAAAAAAGACUUAGUGUUUCUAAUGACGACAGCGGUGUGCAUCGUGUGAUUUUUUACCAAUUAUGAGUAGGCAUU